UUGGUUUCUUUCUUUUUUUUCUUCGAUAAAGUAUAAAUUUGAUUGAAACAUUGGCAAAUAAAAUGCAUAGGCAUAUCAGCAACGAUAAUGUUGUUUUAAUAGGUUUCGCCCAACGCGUGAAAGUUGCGUGCAUCGCUCGUACACGUGCACACACGCGCUCGAUCUGAUAAUCAACGCCCGGCUUUAAUGCGCUAUUCUUAUUACAUCUGUAUCUACCUACACUAGGUGUACGUUUUCACUGAUUUCAACGAGUGCUGGCUGCUGUCGGAGCUUUUUUUUUUUUCUUCUCAUCUAGUAUACACCCGCAGCGCGCGGCUGUCGGGCGAUAAAGUAAUUUCACGCUUUACCGUUGUGUACGUGUGCAAGCCGGCGUUGCGUUUUAUUGCGACGAAAAUUGUGCAUAUAAGUACGCACAAUAUACGUCUAUAUAUAGGCUAGUUUUUUUUUUUUUUUUUUUUUUUUUUCAUUUACUGCGCACAUGCAAUAAUUGUACUUAUUUUACUACAUCAUACGUAUACUAAGAUACCUAUACCUCGAUUCACAGAGAGAGAGAGAGAGAGAGAGAGAGAGAGGUGGUCCAAAAUUACCAAUGAUCGACGCUUCUCAGAGCCCCAGGGCGGAGCCGUGCAAAAUGCUGUCGUACAUACUACCCGCCGAGGAGAAGCCUCCGUCCGGCGAUCCGACCCAGUUCUACCGUCCCCUGUCAUCGGCGACCCCGGCGACGAUGACAACGUCGGCAUCGGCAUCGGCGAUAAACAGGCACAACGGCAUCAGGCACUCGGUCUACUCGGCCGAGGAGGAGUGCCCGUCUGAGAACCGCCAGCGAGGGGGCGUCACGCGAACCACGAGUUUCGGCACUAUGAUGUUUGGCCGGCACCGCGAGGACCACCACCACCACCAAUUGCCCAGGCCCGGCUCGGCGGCGCCCCUACUCCCGCUCGACACUCCCCGCAAGCACUCUAACGGCGACGCGGGCACCCGUUUGUUCCAAUCGCCACCACCACCGGCUCUGCCACCACCAACGUCGACCUCGUCCCUGUCGACUGCGGUGCAGCAACAGCAGCCGGCACCCGUCAUGCGCAAGCCCACCCUCCACACGAGCGCCAAGGUCACCAAGGACGACAGCUUGUACAGCAUCGACAGCGACGCGAGCGCGGCGGCCAGCGAGGGCCGCAAGAGCCGGGCCAUCAACGCCCCCGCCAAACACGCCAACCUCAAGAGGGUGUCGUUCGGCUCGAGCAAGGGCUCGAUGGUCGAGACCCUGGUGUACGAGACCCCGGUCCAAGAGGAGCCCGAGCUUAACCACUUCGCCGAGCACAAUGGCCGCCUACCGGCUCCGAUGAUACCAGUUCCCGAUACCGACGAAGGGAGAGAAAAGGUGCGCGUAUCGUUACUGGGGCCUAAACCGUUUCCUUCGACGCCUGGCGUUCUCCUGCUGGAUCCGAUCCCAGUGGACAUCAUGGCAGCUAGUCCCGCGGAACUUUUGACCGCACACACCGACCACACGGUACCCACCUAUCACACACAAAUCAGCACAGACAGCGGCUGGGACAACCCGUUCAGGCCCGACGGCGACUUGUCGCGAGAAGCGGACGAGAUAGUCGAGCUGAUAAAAGGCGGCAAGCCGAUCACACCGACGCCGGGUCAAAAUGCCCCGGCGUUGCCCGGUUACGAGAGAAAAUCGGCGGAACUCGACUCGAGCACGAGUCCGUUGCUCCACGAGGUGGGGAACAAUGUCCGCGGUACCGGGAACGCGAGCAACGGCAACGCCCACAGCACGCCCAUCAAGCCCACCUCUGGCAAUCAACAGCAGCAACCUGUCAACGAAAAGGUUAAUCUUAGUACGGCGACAGUGGAGGUGAGCCGAGUGACGGCGCAGGGCCCGGGCGACGCUUCGCAGGUUGAACACGUCACCCUCAAGAAGAAGCCCAAGUGCAAGUGCUGCGUGGUCCAGUAACGGAGCUGCUGUUACCGCCCGGUUGUUGAUGUUAUUUAACUGCCGACGCCUCACAACUAUUCUUCUUUUUCUUCUCGUCAUAGAGGCCCGCGGGAGAAGCACGCGACAAAAGUAUCGUCUCCGCUCUGCGCGCGUGCAUUUUUGGUUGCGCGACGAAAUCACGAAGAUUUUGAUGAUCACGCCCGUACACGCGCGUGUGUUUAAGCACCCGAGAGACGACCGUGUGAAUAUUAUUGCAGUGAUGGGAGGAACAAGAGACGAUGUUAUUCGUGUUCGAGUCCGUGAGCAGAAAGUUAUGAUAUGAUGAUGAUGAUGAUACGGCCGGGGUGGCAGCACUACGACGCUGUCGCUCGUUCGUGCACUAAAACGCAAAAAAUCUAUUGAAAAUAUAUUGUAGAUACAGUAAAUACAGAUGAUAAAUAAUGUAGCUAUGUCUAUGAUAGCUUAAUUUAAGUGCUUUUACUAUUGUGUCGUUACUACACGAUUACGUGACUAAAAAGAUAA